AUGCCACGAAAAUACGAGCGUACUAGUGUCAGGAAAUCGUGGGAAAAUAAGGAUAUGGAGGUAGCUAUAUUAGAUGUGACACGUAAAGUUUUAAGUGUAAAUGCUGCAGCAUUAAAAUACAAAAUACCUGAGCCUACACUGAGGAGAUAUUUAAAAAAAAUGAUCCAUCCUUUAGAAGGAGAAGAGUUUAGAAUAGAAUUUCCCCAAAAUUUAGGAAGAUUCAAAAAAACCUUUUCUGCAGCACAAGUUGAAGAGCUGAAGCAAUACGUGACUGAUAUUGAUAAAAGAGCAUUUGGCCUAUCACGAAAGCAAUUCGCUAAUGUAUGUUUCGAUUAUGCAGAAAAAAAUGGCGUGAUCCAUAGAUUUAAUACUGAAAAAAAAAGUGCGGGCGAAGGCUUCAUCAGGGAAUUCAUGAGAGAAUGCGGACUGACUAUGAGAAAACCUGAGUCUACAUCAGUCGCCCGGCUCAUGGCAUUUAACCGAGUCAACGUCAGCAAUUUUUUUGAGUUGCUUAGAGAUGUCAGAUUAAAAUACUCUUUCACAGCUGAACAAAUAUACAACGUUGACGAGACAGGAUUUUCCACUGUGGCAACGAAAACUCCGAAGGUCAUCACCCCUGUAGGUACCCGCCGAGUAAUUAAAAUUUCUUCAGCAGAACGCGGGGUCACAGUUACGUGUGUGUGCGCCAUGAGCGCCACUGGAAAUUACAUCCCUCCAUUUUUUAUUUAUCCGAGGGUAAGGAUGAAUCCGAAAUUUUUAGAGGGUGCUCCACCAGGCUUAGCAGCACUUCCGCAUAUCUCAGGAUGGAUGACAGCUACCAACUUUGUCAACUAUUUGAAACAUUUUUCAUCACACACUCGCCCAAGUACUCAACGUCCCGUUCUUCUUCUCAUGGAUAAUCACGCCUCUCAUGUUACCCUUGAAGCUAUAACAUUUUGUAGGGAGAAUGGAAUAGUAAUGCUCGGCUUCCCACCUCACACUAGCCACCGAUUGCAGCCUCUGGAUGUGGGGGUUUAUGGGCCUCUGAAAACAUCCUACAGUCAGGCGUGUGACGAUUUUCUGGUAUCAAACCCAGGCAUAUGUAUAUCUAUAACACAUAUACCAAAAAUAUUUGGUACAGCUUAUUUAAAGGUGGCCACUAUCCAGACAGCUGUUAAUGCAUUCAGAGCAACAGGGAUUGAACCAUAUGACAGUAACAUUUUCAGGGAUGAAGAUUUUCAGCCAUCAUUGACUACUGAUAUUCAGUCUGUUGAAUCUACUGCUCCUGCCUUUGAGCGUCAGCCAGAAAUAUUAUUUGAAAAUACUAAUUCUGCAAUAUCGCCUACUGCCAAUGAUUCUUUUGAAAAUCAGCACCCUCAACCACAAACAGAGCUGACACCAUCUACUUCUUCAGCCUUGCCUCCACUACCAGUGGCAAGUAAAAAGACUGCUAGAAAACCUAGGAAGAAGUUGCCAUCGUUUCUUUUAUCAGGAACUCCUGUAAAAGAAGCGUUGGAACAGAAAAGGAAGGAACAAGAAGAGAAAGAGCUAAAAAGACAAAAAAGAUUGACUGAGAAGUCAAAAAAAAAGAAAGCACGACGUCAGUUGGACUUCCCUUCAUCUUCAGACGACGAGCCAUCUAUUCCUGUACCAUAUAUUGACACUGAUGAUGAUAUGGACCCGCCUGAAGAAGAAGAUAAAUUGUGCAUCAUAUGUUCUGAAGAAGGCAAGGACGAACUGUGGUACCAGUGCUAUAAGUGCUUCAAGUGGGCUCAUUCUGAGUGUUCUGGAUGGGAUCAGAUACAGGCCAGCCAUAGGCCGUAUAAAUGUGACUUCUGCUCUUAA